AUGCUUGCAAAGAUUUGCUAAUAGAUCAAAAACAACGUAAUUUAUUUUUAAAAGAAAUUAGUUUAGACCCUUAUCGAAAAAGAUUAGUAAACUACAGAUAAGAAGAGUGUAUUAGUUUUUGAUGAUGCUGUUUAUUUAAAACGAUAUUCUAAGUAUUAUUUUGGAAUAUGAUUUUAGUUAUAGAUAAUAGGAUGAAGACGUUAUUAAUAACUUGGUUUACUCGAAGAAUAAUGAUAAGUGCCAAUAGUUUUUAUUAAGCUUGUAAUAAUGUUAAGCAAGAAAAGUGUAACAUUUUCUUAGAAGAUCAAUUAUUUUACUAAAAUUAACAUUUCCUUUACAAAUCUUAAUUUUCUCUAAAAUCUAUCUAGCUUCAAUUUUAUUUCUUUUAUUAUUAUAUUAGGAGUGAUGGGACUAUUCUACAAACUAUACAAUAACUAUAAAAUUCACCAAUUCCACCACUUCUACAUUUAAAGUUCGAACUAAUUCUUUUAUUUGUUAAUUUGAUAAAGAUAUUAUGGAUAGAAUAAUAAUAGGAUUAAAUUAAUUAUUAUCGAAUUAGUCAAUAGUUUUAUACUUAAAGGAGAAUAAGAAUGGAAGGGGUUUUAAAUGUAAAAUUUAAAUAUCAUGCUUUUAAUGAGUUUGUUAUAUUUCGAGGAUUGAAUACAAAUUGUAUUUCUAGAAAUAUAUAUUAGCAAGAUGCUAUUGGGGAUGGGAUUAUAAUUUCGACUCCUACAGGAUCUACUGCUGA